CUAGCAGUGAAACCUACCUCCUGCUACUGCAUGCCAGAGAACAGUGGUGCACCAUUGUAUGCGGUUACAACACUUGUUUUAUCACUGGCAGACAGAAAGCUGCAACUCACCAGUAUAGUUCAGUGUGGCUGGUGAUUUCAGCACAGAACGCAGUUUGUUUGCUAAAACUAGGUGGUGAAUUGCCCGUUGUGCAAUUUCUUAACAUUUGUGACUCAUUGAACAAUUUCCUAAUAUUGUAUUAGGUGAAUAGAAAAUGAAGAAUAUGAUGCUGUCUUUUCGAAUCCAUCUGAAAAAUGUCUGGGCUGGAAGAAAAUAACUGCUUUUGGUUCUAAUCUGAUCAUGAAAGCAGCUUCAAGCUUCAUAGGACGGGCUAAUCUGUGAGAAGGAACCUGUGAGGCUCUCUCAGCACUGAUGUCACAGGCACAGCAAGAACAUCAUAAGGAGGAGUCAGAUUUCACAAAGUACUGUAUGAGCAGCGCUGUAUGCUAACAGAGUAGGCACUAAUCACACAAGGAUUCUGCAUGGGAUGUAAGCAAUAUGCUGAGACUGAACUGUCAAAAGGAUAAUGCAAAAUUAAACUCUGGUGUUUCAUAUGGCAGGUUCUGUUUGACUUAGCGAGAAGACAUAAAACUGUGGGAUUUGAAAAGUAUGAUUAAUGAAGGCCAUCAUGUAUAUUGGCGGCACAUGCCAAAGCAGUGCACUUCCUGCCUUAAUGCGGUCGACAAUUCCAGCCAUGCAGCCGCACUUGGAUAUCAAACCAUUUCUUCCAUUCCCGCUGGACACUGCUGCUGCCGUCAGCCUUUUCCCCAAUUUUAAUGCGGAGAUGCUAAACUUGUCUCUUCAACAUUUCCCUUCCUGCCACCAAGAAAUCCAAACAAUGGACCCAGUUCAGAAAGCAGUGAUAAAUCACACGUUUGGGGUACCACUUCCUCCAAGAAGAAAACAAGUAAUUUCAUGCAACAUCUGCCAACUAAGAUUUAAUUCUGAUAGCCAAGCCGGGGCACACUACAAAGGCACUAAACAUGCCAAGAAGCUCAAAGCACUGGAAGCCAUGAAAAAUAAGCAGAAAACUGUUGCUGCCAAGGACAGCGUAAAGACCACCUUCACUUCCAUCACAACCACCACCAUCACUGCCAGCUCUGAUAAAGCAGACAGCAGUCAAGAGACAGCUACAAUAUCAAAAGUGACAACACUGGCAGCAGCAAGUGAUAGCGUAUCAACAGAAUCCAUUUCCGGGACAGAGAAAUCCUUUACAUCCAGUAGCUGCAGCACAACUCUUCCCAAGGAGACCGAAGAAGAAAAAGCGAAGCGGCUCCUCUACUGUUCUCUCUGCAAAGUGGCUGUCAACUCUGCCUCACAACUGGAAGCACACAAUAGUGGAUCGAAGCACAAAACGAUGCUGGAAGCUCGAAAUGGUGGGGGUCCAAUUAAGGCAUUUCCUCGACCAGGCAUCAAAGGCAAAACGUCCCCCAUCAAAGGAGUUACAACCGGCCUGCAGAAUAAAACCUUUCACUGUGAAAUCUGUGACGUGCACGUCAAUUCAGAAACACAACUCAAACAGCACAUAAGCAGCAGAAGACACAAGGACAGAGCUGCAGGGAAACCUCCUAAACCCAAAUACAGUCCAUACAACAAGCUACAAAGGAAUACCAAUGCACUUGCAUUGAAACUGGCCUUUCAGAAGGAACUGGCAAAGCCGCUGGCCGCUCGGCUUUUACCAAACCCGUUUGCUGCUGCAGCAGCUGCCGCUGCCGCAGUGAAUUCACCGUUUGCUUUGCGCUCGGGCCCGGCAGCCACAUUAUUCCAAACAGCAGCUCUGCCUCCAGCCCUCCUCCGACCUGCUCCUGGACCUAUACGGGCUGGCCACACUCCCGUUCUAUUUGCUCCAUACUAACUCGCCUAAGCACAGGAGUGAACAUUAUAAGAGUAAUAAUAAAGUACUGCAAUAAUUCAAACAGGGAACGAUGCAGUGAUAAUCAUGGAAAGAGACUAAACUCUGCUCCUGCAGUAACAUACACAGACUGUGAGUGGCUGCAUCUUGAUUCAGCAAAAAGUAAAGCAAUCCUUCCACAGGAAAAUCUAUUACACAGAUAAUAUGAGUAGUUUUUGUGUUGUAGAAAUGUAUAGGGUCUGCAAACUACCCAUAACAAUCAUCAGCCUUUUUACACAGUAUUUUUGUGUAAUGUUUCCAUGUCUUGUGAAUAGUCUGUAAAUGUGUGUAAGGGCAUUCAUCUAAGGUCUUGUAUGUGCAUUUAAUUUCUUUCUGUAGGAUGAAACAAAACAAUGGGACACUGUGAUAAAAGUCUUCAUUAACCUUCCCCACCGUUCAGCAGCAUCCUGCCUGGUAUUUAUCCAGUUAUAAACUUGUAAAUGGUGUCUUGUGGGUCUAUUGCUUUGUGCUGUAAAUUUUUUAUGUUAUAAUUGUCUAAUAUGAUUUUAAAACGUUAGAAGGAAUGAAAAGCAGAUGAGAUAAGUUUAAUUUUUAUAUGACCUUUAGAAUUCAGGAAGGUCUGUGGCUGUUAUUAUGGAGUUCAUUGUGUAUUUAUUUUGAUUGGAGCAAAGCCAGGUAUUAAGCUGUAAGGACAGCAUUAUCCAGAAUUUCAUCGUGGGUCAAGAGUGCUUAAUUGGCCUGUCCCAAUUAAGCAACAUUUUUGGAGACUGUCAGCAACCAUCAUAGGUCGUUACGGUUUGCCAAAACGUGUUGAAAAUCCAGGGGCGACUAGAACAAUGUACGACUUUUUGGGCGACUACUCACAACCAUACAGGCUUCACCCCACGACAUGUCACCGGGGUGUCGCCUAUAUGGUCGUGAGUAGUCACCUCAGUCGCCCAAAGAGUCGUAGCGUCUUUCUGGUCGCCGAUUAAUUUUCACCAUGUUGAACAUUUUCACCGACCUGCAAUGACCUAUGAUGGGUGCCGGAAGUCACCAAAAAGGUCGCGUAAGUGGACAGGCCCAUAAGACACUAACAUCAUAGCAGUGGAUUAAUCUCAGCAAAAUUCAGCAUCAAAUCUUUGGAGCUGAGUACAAUGUGGAGAGUCUACCAUCCUCCAUGCUUAGUACCAUCAGUUUGGGAUGAAUAUUUAAGCAUAUAACUGCCACAUACCUUCUUAUAUGGCUCAAUUAAAUAUUAUAUAGAGUAACAUGUUGAAAAGCAGUUUUCCCAUAAUAGGAGAAUAAAUUGUAAUAAUGCAUUCUUUGGGAUAUUUUAAAUUCAUACAUAGGAUGAGGGUGUUGUUGCCAAGUCCAUUUAAAAAAAAUAUCCAUCCCUGUUUGCCCUUGCAAAAGGAUUGUUCCAAGAUUUUGGCUGGAAGCAAUGAAGAAAGGGCAAUACACUUCCAAAUCAGAUUGCGUGAUUUGCAGCUAAACUUCAAGAUGAUGCUGUCCCCAUUCAUGUUAUCUUUGUCCUUCUCUGUAGAGGAGGAGGUGGGGUUGUCACCGCAUAAUCUCAAUUCAUAUUUUCAUUCAACUGUAUCAUUGCACUGAGCAAGGAACAAUUAAAGGGAGAUUUUACAUCUGAAUUUUACUAUGCUAAAUUUUCAGUUAAUAUUUUAUACAUUCUUUCUGUCAUCUGCUAGGUGCAAACAAUUUGAAUGAAUUCCAGAUCCAUGACAAAGCCAUUUCUGAAUCUUUCUUGAUGUCAUACUGAAAUGUUGUUGUCUUUUUUAUGAAUUAUAUAGUUGGCAAUUUACUUUUUGUUUCCCCCCAUCUGGACAUUGAGUUUACAGUACAAUCAUGCAAUGUCUUAAACAUCAAAGGGAAUUCUUUGUUUGAGUUACUUGACCUUAGUUUUAGCAUGCCUCAUUCCAGCUUUCCCAGAUCUUACUGUAAAUGUACACAGCACAACAAAGCUAGGGAAUCAUAUUGUACAUUCUAACUGUUAACGCCUGCAAAAUUAGUUCAGGCAAUUAGUUUUGCCAAUUGUAAAUUGUGACAAGAAAAUUAUGUUUCUAUGUACAGUAAUGUCAAUAAAAACUUUCCCAACCUUGUAUGUAUCAUCAAUGAUCACCAGAAACACUACUGCAAAUGAAACUGAUAGCUCAGGACAAAAUCUUUAAAGGUGAUGUAAAAAGGUUUGCUGAAAUAGAAAAUAAUUUGUUAAUAAAGGAAGUAUUAGUAUUAACCAAAUAUAUUGUAUUUAUUGUCAGUAAUAUGUGCCUGCCGUUUGUUUUGGAAGCAAUGUCAGUUUUCUUUGCCCAGUCUGAAGAAGAAUCCCUUCCUGAAGCAUUGUCUGUCCAUUUCCCUCCACAUAUGCUGCCAGGCCUACUGAGUUCCUCCAGCAGUGUUCUUACUGCUCAAAAAUUGCACUGUUUGGUAAUAAUAAGUAUUCAUAGCUGAAUAAACAACAUCUUAUUGAUGACUGGUUGCUGUUCAUACCCUUGAUCUUUAGUGUGUCCAUUCUAUAUUUUAAUUCUCAAAUAGUAUAUCCCAGAAUGCUUCAAAUUGCAUUCCAUUCUGUGCAGUUUUAUUUUUUGUUAUUGCAUGCAUAUUGUAUCAUGCCAUAGCACUGAAAUCUAUAAGAAUUAUGUCUCAUUUAUCUCUAUCUGCCUAUUGCCAGCCUUAUGAUUUUCAUCAUUUACACAGACUAAAUGUUUGUGAGGUCCCAAUACUUAACUGAUUGCAGUUAUGAACUCAAGUUAAAUGAAUAACUUUCUCUGGUUCUAUGAUGAUGUUAGAUUGGAUUAUUAGAUUGUUUUGGAAUUCAGAUAUUUAUGUAAGCACGAUGGCGGUGGAGCAUAGCGACUCUUUGCUUGUUCUGAUAAAAACGUAUUAUUCAUGUU